AUGCCAAUUCAGCGUAGAGAUGACAUAAAUCUACCACAUCAGAGAGAUGAUGCACAAAAUCCUGAUCAAGAAAUCCAACAAAGAUUAAAAUAUAAUAUGAAAUUGAAGCAUCUCUACAUUUUUGAAGGACUGGCAAAGCAGGGAAACCCAACACUUCUGAAUGAAAUCUACACAGAGCUCUGCAUCAUCGAUGGUGGGAAUGGAGAGAUCAAUAAUGAGCAUGAAAUUAAAAGGAUAGAAAAAACAUUAAAAAGUGCAACAGGAGUAACUACACCAAUUAAAUGCAAUGACAUUUUUAGAGCUUUACCUGGACAAGACAGACCCAUCAGAACUGUGCUGACAAAGGGAGUCGCUGGCAUUGGAAAAACAGUUUCUGUGCAGAAGUUGAUCCUGGACUGGGCUGAAGGGAAAGAGAAUCAGGACGUCCAGCUCAUAUUUCCACUUCCUUUCAGAGAAAUCAAUCUGAUGAAGGACAAAACACUCAGUCUUUCAGAUCUUCUUCAUGUCUUUUUCCCUGAAACCAAAGAAAUGGAAAUAUCCAGUGAAGAAUAUAAAGUGUUGUUUAUCUUUGAUGGUCUGGAUGAGUGUCGCCUGUCUCUCAAUUUUCAGAGUGAUGUGAGGUUGUGUGAUGCAAGUGAACCAGCCUCAGUGGACGAGCUGCUGAUGAACCUCAUUGUGGGGAAUCUGCUUCCCUCUGCUCUCAUCUGGAUCACCUCCAGACCAGCAGCAGCUGAUCUCAUCCCCUCUGAGUGUGUCCAUCGAGUGACAGAGGUACGAGGCUUCAAUCAGCCACAGAAGGAGGAAUACUUCAGGAAGAGAAUCAGUGAUCAGAGUCUGGCCGACAGGAUCAUCUCACACCUGAAGUCAUCAAGGAGCCUCUACAUCAUGUGCCACAUCCCAGUGUUCUGCUGGAUCUCAGCCGCUGUUCUGGAGAAGAUGUUAAGUCAAGAAGGGAGUAGAGAGAUUCCCAAGACUCUCACUCAGAUGUACACACACUUCCUGAUGGCACAGAUUAGCAUCAAAGACACAAAGUAUCCUGAGAAGGAGGACAAGGAUAUGGAGAUGAUCUUCAAAUUGGGGAAACUGGCAUAUGUGCAACUGGACAAGGGAAACCUGAUCUUCUAUGAGGAAGACCUGAGAGAGUGUGGCAUUGAUGUGACAGAAGCAUCAGUGUACUCAGGAUUGUGCACUCAGAUCUUCAGAGAGGAGUUUGGCUGGUAUCAGGGGAAAGUCUUCUGCUUUGUUCAUCUCAGCGUUCAGGAACAUCUAGCAGCUCUAUAUGUGAUACUCUCCUUUCACAACAUCAGCAAAAAUGUGCUUGUUGAAGGUGAAGCCAAGACAGUGUCAAUCAUACUCAAAUGUGCAAUUGAUAAGGCUUUAGACAGUAAUAAUGGACAUCUCGAUCUCUUUCUUCGCUUUCUCAUGGGACUUUCGGUGGAGUCAAAUCAGGCUCUUCUAGAAAGGUUUUUGAAGAAAAGAUCUAUCAUCGCCCAGGACACAGCGGAAACUGUUGAGUAUCUCAAGGAAAUGAUUGUAAUAAAUUGUCCAGAUAAGAGCAUCCUUAUGUUCCACUGUCUAAAUGAACUUAAUGAUCAUUCACUAAGUGAUGAAAUCCAAAAGUACAUUGCCUCUGGAAAAGUUAGCGAAGAUAUCCAGUCCCAGGAACUUGGCUUGGCUCUUUUGUUUAUUUUAAUGACAUCAAAUGAGAACUUUGAUGAGUUUGAACUACAUAAAUAUGGCAGAUCAGAUGCAUUCAUAAGCUGGCUGUAUCCUGUGAUCAGGCUGUCUACAAAAGCUUGGAUGUGUAACUGUAAUAUCACAGAAAUGGGAUGUUUAAAGCUGUCUACACUUUUGUCUUCACAUUCCAAUGUAAGAGAGCUGGAUCUGAGCCACAACAACCUGCAGGACUCAGGAGUAGAAAUACUCUGUGCUGGACCAAAGGAAUCAAACCGUGCAAAACAAUUAAUUCCGCAAUGGUUCAGCAGUAGGCCAUAUCAUCCAAGCAAUCAGCGUUUGUUUGAGGAUAUUGCAAGUCUCACAGCUGGACUACAGGACGCAGAGUCUAGACUGGAGUCUCUGAAUCUGAAGAACUGUGCAGUAACAGAAGCAGGCUGUGUUUUCCUGAGUUCAGCUCUGAGUUUAAACCCUUCACAUCUGAAAGUGCUGGAUCUGAGCUGGAAUAAUAUAGGAGACUCCGGAGUGACCCAUAUCUGUGCUUCUCUGGACAAAGCUCAUUGCUCAUUAGAAAUACUCAAGUUAAAUAAUUGUAAUAUAACACAGAAAGGUUGUGCAGCAUUGGCUUCAGUAAUACAAACAGAUUCAAACCUGAAAGAACUGUCUCUAAGCAAGAAUGAGCUCCAGGACUCUGGUGUGAUGUUGUUAUCUGUUGGACUUCAUCAUCCUCACUGUAAACUGGAGACCCUGAGGCUUUCAUAUUGCAAAUUUAAAGCAGAAGGCUUUGGAUCCCUUACUUCAGCUUUGAGGUCAAACUCUCAGCUGAGAGAACUGGAUGUGGGCAACAACAGACCUGAAGAUGAUGGAAUGGAGCUGCUAUCAACUGUUCUUCAUCAUCCAAACUGUAGACUGAAAACACUGAGGAUGGACAAAUGUGGAAUCACAGAGAAAAGUUGUGCUGGUCUGGCUUCAGCUCUCAGUUCCUGCCAUCUGACAGAUCUGGAUCUCAGUAUUAAUGAUCUGCAGGACUCAGGAGUGAAGAAGCUCUGUGUCGGACUGCAGAAUCCUUGCUGUAAACUAGAGAAGCUGAGGUUGUCCAACUGUAGUAUUACUCAUGAAGGUGUGAUGUCACUAACUGAAGCUCUGAAAUCAAAUCCUUCCCGCCUUAAAGAACUCGAUCUGCUGGAGAAUGAUCUGGAAGAAUCAGACUUUAAAUUGAUUGGUAAUAUUAUUUAAGGGACCUAAGAAGACAUCAACUAUCAAUUUACAGCUGUAUUAUUUUAUUAAUUUACAUAAAGAUUAAUGUUGUAAGAAAUGUAUUGCUAAUUUCUAGUAAAUACAUUAAUGUUAACUAAUAGAACCUUGUAAAGUUUUAUCAAUAUAUAGGUUUAUAAACAUACUGUAUGUAAUAAACAUAAUACAUUUACAAGUAUACAUACUGUACAUAAACCUUCAUCCAUGUCAGAGAAUAUUAAUCAUGCUGUGAAAAGUGCAUUUAGGAAAACUCACAAAGUUGAUGAUCCAGAAGUAGAGAUCUGAAUGACGAGGGGUCAAGAUGAAAUGUGAAUCUGUAAUCAAAAGGCAGAAAGUCAAAGCCAGAAAGAGAAAUAUAAAUAUAAAGAAUACAUUAAAACGGAUCCAAACCCUUUCGUAAGUAGCAUGGGUAUAUUUGUAUAGCAUUGUAUAUAUUUGUAGCAAUAGUCAACAAUACAUUGUGUGGGUCAAAAUUAUAAAGAAUAUAUAUAUUCACAAACUCAGUCCACUGUAAUCUGAGAGAGGAGAGAUUAAUGUGAUGAUCUGAUUAAACAGGCUAAAGCU